CACACAAAUAAGAAUUCCUUAUUUCUUAUUUUAUUUUAUUCUUAUUUUAUUUUAUUUGGCUGUAUGAACCCACCAUUAGAUGUUUCCAGAGUCAUUUAUCCUUUCCGCAGAACGCAGAAGAAGAAUAACCAUCCCUUGUUGUGUUUAAGGUUUAUGGUUAUGUUAUAUAUUUCAAGUUGUUUUUUUAGUUAUAAAUUAUAAAAUAAAUCAUAAAUCUAUUUUAAAUGUGAUCCAAUAAAUCUAUUUAAAUGUGAUCCAAAUACUUACAGUUAUAUUUCUGAAAAAUAUAAGAUAAAACCGGUAAAAAUCAGUCUCAUUUUAUUUUUUAUUGUAUAAAGUUGUAAUUUGUGUGUUUUUGUUAUAAAUAAUGGAUAAAGAAUCUGUUGCCAAAAGAAUAUUAGAAACCGCUAAAGAAACUGAAAGAUUAAAGGAAGAAUUACAGAAUUUGAUAGCAUCUGGUAUUAAAGGAAAUAUAAAUUAUAGCAAACCUGAAUCUAAUGACAUACUUGGACACUCAUCUAACAAAGUUCAAAUUAUCAAAAGCUACGAUUCUAAACACUCACUGCAUCCAAAAAAGCAAGGAACUAGUAAUCCUGAUAUAGUUAAUGCUCAGAGUGAUGUAGCUCUAUCUCCAAAAAAGAAAAGUUAUGAUGUAAAACAGGCAAGGGAAUACAUAAAAAAGCAGAAAGAACGACGACUCGUCGAAGUCAACUCUAAAAAAACAGACUCUAAAACAGCGUUGGAGUUACGCAAAGAGAAACUGCAAGAACUACAGCAAAAAGCAACGGAAUUAGUAAAGAAAAAUGUAGAGGCUAAAAGGCAGAGGUCAAAAUCUAGAGAACCACCGAUAAUUCGGUCUAGAUCAAAUAGUAGAGAACCCAGAGGUACAUUACGUAACAGAUCAGUGUCUAGAGAAAAGGCACAAGCAAAUUUACACAGAGAUAGCAUAAUUCAUGGUUAUAAUUGUGCAGGUAGAAGCAAAAACUAUGUAGGGAAAGUUGAUGGAAAGAUUAGUGAUAUUAAAGAGCCAAGAAUAAAGGAUUCAAAUUUGUUAUAUCUGCCUGAACCAAAUUAUUGUAUAAAACCAUUUGAAAAUGUAGAAAAUAAGUUAUCACCUAAAAUACAAAACACUGAAGUACAUUAUACAUCACCUGUAAGCAUUAAAAAUCAUGGAAGUAAUCAGGAUAUUGCUCAAGCAUCAUCUUCACUGUCUGAGAAUAUCCCAGCUCAGAAGAGGGGAAGAUCUAGAAGAGACAUGUCUAUUAAUGAAAAUGUAGGAAAUAAACCUCUGACUCCUAAUAACAGUUACAAAGAAAAUUUUAAGCUAGUAUCUGAUGAUACAGGGCCUCAAAAACCGAUUGAGCAUUUUGUUGAACCGAUUGACUCAAAGAAAAAAAUAAUAGUUCUCUCAAAUAUGACUUUGAGACCACCCGACAUCGAACCUGUAUUAAAAGAACCACAAAAGACGCCUGUCGAGUUCCCAGAGUGGCUUAAAGAUUCUGCUCCACAAACUGAUCCAUAUAAUUUUAUCAAUACUGUAAGGAGACAGUUAAAAUUCGCCAUUAAUAGUGAUAGAAGACAAGAUUUAGUUGAUGUGGGUGUACAAGAUAGUUUUAAAAAUCCCUCUUUAAGUGAAAAAAGCAAUAAAAAAAGCGAUUUAAAGUCAUUUUUGUCACAUAAGUGCCUAAAUUUGGAUCCUAGAGCUCUGGAUCAUAUAGAAAUAGGAGGGAGAUCUGAACCUUCAGUAAAAGAUGGCAAAACCAUUACGAAAUCUAAUACAAACUCUGAAUCUGAUACUUCUAAAAAUAUUCCUAGUAUUCCGACUGAGAGCAGAACGUCUGUUAAGAAAUACAGCGAUUUUAAGAGUGAAUCUUCGAAGAUUUCUAAUAAUGAAAUGUCAUCUCACAAAUCUAGCAGUAUUAUUGAAUUGAUGAAAGCAAAAUCUAUUAAUUCUGAAACGUAUAGUUCGAGUAGUUUUGCUUCACAGGAUAAUACUAAAAAUGUAAAAUCGUCGGAUUCACAGAGUAAAAAGAAAUCAUCUGUGAGUAAAUCAAGAAGUUCGGUUAGCGAAAUAGAGGAAAUUGUGACCGAGGAAUUAUCGGAUGUGAGCUCUGACAAAGAGAAUAUGAGUGAUUUUGCUUUGAUUGAGCCUAAAGUGUCGUUAAGGCUUGAAGAGGAAAAUAAAAAAAUUAAGACUUAUGUUGAUAAACAGGCGUCUUUAAGAAAGAUAUCAAUUAAAAAUAUCAAUGAAGAAAAAAACCUGAAUAAUUCAAAUCAGAUCCAUUUAAAAUUUGAGGCGGAAAUUCAUCUUUUAAACGAUUUUAAUAAAUCUCUGAGGCAUUUUGCUGAAAUUGAAAAGGAAUUUGAAAGCUUACGUUGUAAAAACGAUUCGGAAACAAUGGCCAAGAAAAUUUUGCACACUCGAGACACUCAAACCUCUAUCGUCAAUUCCAUAUCACAACAGAAUUCUUCGAGCAGCAAAAGAAGCAAAAUCAGUCAUAAGUCCAGCAAAUUUUCUAGCAUAAACUACAGCCGAGGUUCUUUUGAAACGGAAGAAAUACCAAACUUAGAACUGAGAAGCGACACGUCGGAAAUCCAUUCACACAUCAACUUGCUGGAUUUGAAUAGCACAUCUCAAUGGAAAGACUUGAUAAAUGACUGUAAAAUGGAUAAUGAGACUGUCAUGAGCGAGAAAACUAGUUCUAUAAUCCAAUAUUCGAGUCGUACCUUCGAUGGUUCUAUCACAAAAAGAAGCGAUGUUGAUCAUGUGAACGAUGAAAAUUUUAUGUUUAGAAACGUUGCUGGAAUUUCACUAAAAAUGUUUGAUCAACUAAUCAAAGACGAAGACCUGCGGAUCGAGAAUUUGAAAAAAAUCGUUAAAAUCAGAGAACACGCGCUUUUGGAUAAGACAAGAAGCGAGUUGGUUUGGUUAGAAAUGCAAAAAAAGCAGUUUAUUGAAACAAAAAGGUUCGAAGAAGCGUCACUAAUCAAGAGAAAACAAAGGGGAAUAUUGCUUAGACAUCAGCAAGAACGACAGGAAAUGCAAAGGUUGAAGCAGAUGCAAAAAGAAGCUUCUAGCAAGAGAAAAACCGUUCUACGUCAACAGCGAAAUGGUAUAAAGAACCAGCUGCAUUCCGGAAGUAUGCCACUGGCUAUUAUAAAGACCGGAAGCAGGGACAGAAGUGAAAGAAGGACUUCCGGACCUUUAAAAGUCAUCCAGACCAACUCUAUACACUCAGAGACAUCUUUGUCUAUAGCUGGGACGGCCACAGACCAAGAGAUUCAAACUCUGACUUCUAGAACUCGUUCUAUGGUUAAUGUUGCAACCACUGUUCCACACAGUGAGAAUUCAGAAUUGGAAUCUGUGGAGUUUACAUUCAAAAAGCACAAGAGUAUAAGCGACAGUGCAUUGACUGAUAUGAAACAGAAACUGUUGAUGCGUGAACAAGCUUUGUCCAAACGUCGCAAAACUGUGGAAGAACUGCUACAAUGGCACCAGAAACUGUUGCACGAAGAACGCGCCAUCGAGGACCUGGAAACCAAAGUGAAGACUAUUGUUUCGAAGAUACCUAGCGAGAAAGAGGAGGAAAAACUGUCGAACAGCGAUGAACCUUCACCAAAAACUCAAAUAACCCUCUCCGAAAUGAGCAGAGUUGAAGUUCCACAACACCAAGCUGAAGAAACUGAAGACUCGUCCAAAACAUCCUACAACACCGACGAUUUCGAGGCAGAUAACGUUACCAGUAUUUCUUCAAUCAGUCAACUUAUCGAAGACUUCAACAAAAUUGAAGAUAAAAUUCUCAACUUCAGUUUGGUGCAUACUUCUAAACCUCCAGAAGAAGAGAAACAAGAAGAGCAAGUUUCUUCUAGGUCCAGUCAACUGAUCAGUGAGAUCGAAGAAGAAGAAACCGAUGUAGAGUCUGUGAAAAUGAUCGAAGAUCCUGGCGAAGAAGAUGAACCUGAUAAAGCACCAAAUAUUGAAGAAACAGACAACCUAAUAAAUUUCUCAGAAAACACCUUAGAGGAAGAUACUAAACUAGAUAAGGAAGAAGAUGAGGAACCUUCUUUAGUUGAAGAAAUUGAAGAAAAUGUACCUGAGGAUACCGUUAGUUUUAAGGAACCCGACAAUGUUUUAGAAGAAAAUGCAGAGAGUGUAGAAGAUACAGACACUGCAUCGAAAAAGGACAUUGAAAACUAUUCUGUUAUAGUGAUUAGUGACAGUGUUUCAGUUUCCGAGUCUAGCACUGUAAAAGAAGAUAUUCCGGAACUUGAAGAAAUCUCGAAUCCCGUCACAGACUACAAAUCUUCAACUAGUCAUGAAGUAUCUUCAUCUAAUGAGGACUUGAAUAGUUCAGUUGAAGCUUCUUCAGUAUCUGAUGAGGUGGUUUCUUCACCCAGACCAGAAGAAAUUCAUGAAGAUGUUCCUUCAAAUUCUGAAGCUCCAACUUUAGUGGAAAUGGAAGUUGUUGAUCAUUUUACCCAAACCUCCUCAAAUAUAUACUCGGAAAACAAGACAGACGAAGAGAAAGCAGCUUCUCUUAGCCAACAUCAAAAUUCGGUGAAUUUUCUUCAGAAUUUUCCUGUACAAGAGGAAGAAAACACUUCUUCAACUUCUGUUAGUGUCGCCAGUGAAGCAGAAACUGAAAAAAUACCCGAAGAAGGCGCGUCAACUUCUUCAAAUAGUGAAGAGAAUAGUCAGACGAUAGUCGAUAUACCUGAAGAAGUGCAAAUUGAAGAAUCGGAACCAACUAAUCAUGCGGGUUCGUCAUCUUCAAGCGUCGAAGAAGAAGUUUCUCAGAAAUCGAGUCAGAGUUCGCCUGAAGCAGAUGGUACUAAGACUGUGGACGUUAAAAAGCGUGUUCGUGAGAUUAUGAGCGAGGCAAGUCAGGUAACGGGGGCCCAUAAAAGCCCCAGAAUGCAGGAUUUGUGCGUGAUGACGUACGAUUUGAAUUCGCCGAACCAGUCUCCAGAUUCAGGUUCUCCGCUAGACGAAAGAAAAUCUUUUUCGUUGGGCAACGAGGCCGAAGAACUCUUGAAAAAACAACUCGCCAUCGAACAGGAAAUCAAAUUACUCACCGAGCAACAACAAAAAGAACAAGUUCCUUUGGUGUACAUUCGGGAAAUUCCCAAUAAACCUCCUCCACCAUAUACUCCACCCUCUAAAGUCAAAUCUGUCAAAGUAGCUUCUAUAAUUCCAAAUACCAAAGAAGAAGUCGAACAAAUAGCUGAGUAUUCAUCAAAAAUCAUUCACAAAGCUUAUCUGUCGAAAAAUUUGGAUAAUAUUUCGAUUUCGGACAAAACCUUGAGCCUGAUAGCUAAAAACGUGGACAAGGGUUGUUACAAGUAUGUGUUCGACUUGUGCAAGGAGAUAGCCAUAGAGCACUACAGUCAGUUCUCUAAGCCCGACCCUGGUUCUUCGUGGUUGAGGGUGGAAGAUAAAGGGAUUUUUCUUCAGCAAAAGCCGUUGGAUGUGAUCGGUUUGCAGCAGUUGAUGAACAGCAAACUUUUGGAAUUGUUCGGGUUUCAAAAAAAGGAAUCCAGGAAAGAGAACGCUAUAAUUAAAUGGUCGAGAAAGAAGAGGGAUCAUGUGGAUGAAGUUCUUAUACAAGAAAUGCAAAAUGAAGAAUCAACAUGGACUAACUUUGAGCUGAACGAACUAUACGUUAAAGACAGAAUAACUAACGAAAUAAUGGAGAUGUUGAUAAAAAAUACAGCUCUAGUUUUGAAACAAACCUUGUAUAAAAAGAACCAAGAUCCAUAACAUCUGGAUUUAAAAAAACAAUAAGACCUGAAAUUAUAAUCAACUAAGUUUGAAUCAUUUAGAUAUCAUUCCUAUCCAUCUGUAUUGUAUAUAUGAUUCUUUUUCUUGGUUUACAUAAACAAGUGUACUAAAUUUUUUAUAAAGGUUUUAUAGUACACUAAUUACAGAUAUUAAAACUUUUUUUUUUAUUUUUACUCAAAAAUACUCUACUUCUGUAAUAUACCUGUACAAAUAUAUUGUUUAAUGUUUUUGUAUGUUUCUUCCGAAUUGUAUUCUCAUAAAAAGUCCUUUUUUGUAUAUUAUUAAAUGUCAAUAAUUUUGAUAGGUUAAGUUAUAU